AUGUUUGGCGAACAUGUCAACCUUAGGUGGGUCACAUGGAGCGGUUCCCUCCCAAAUGGCGCUGUUGCCAUCUUCAACGGCUACACCGAACGUACCGACUAUGUGUGCAAAGUCAACUGUGAGGCUGGUUUCUACACUCCCAGCAAAGGGAACUUCUGCCAGUACCCCUACGCUGACAAAGAGUAUGCAUCCUCCAAGUUCGAAGUCCUGGUUAACGUGGACCACUUUGAGUUCCUGCAGUGGGUUGAAGAUUCAUAUGGCUCUGUUCCUGAGUAUGCCAUCAAAACCUGUCCCAACUCAGACAUAUAUGUGGGUAAGAAUAAGUAUGGUCUUGGUAAAGUGGUGACCAAACAUGAAGCCUUCUUCCUCCCCUGGGAGGGGGAUGAGUACUGGUACAAAAACUACCAGGUGCUUGCUAUCAACAGAGACAGCUACAGCCAGCAUAUCUCUCAUGUAGAGUAUGCCAUUGACCAGAUGGAGCUGUUCCACCAUCCUCCAGAAGCCCUGAAGCUCACUAAGGUCGCCAACCUGGAGUGCAGAGAUGUGGAGAAGACAGUGACACUGGAGAAGACCAGUACAGUGGAGAAGAAAUGGGACAUCGGCAGGGAGACCCGCAAUGGCUCUGUGUCCACCAUGACAGCCAAAGUUCCUAUCUUUGGUCCGGGUAAUGUGGAGUUGUCCAAGGAGCAGACGGUGACCUUCUCAAAGGGGACCACCAUUGUGGAGUCAAUCAGUCACGCUGUCUCUGUGGAGCUGCUGGUCCCACCCAAUCACUCCUGCACCGUGAGGAUGGAUGGCAGAAAGAUGAAGGCUGACAUCCCUUUCACCGGCCGGCUGAGCAGGACCAACCACAACGGAGACACCCACUGGACCUACAUCACAGGCACCUAUGACGGCGUGAGUGUUGGCGAAAUCAAUGCUGUGGUGGAACGGUGUCAGCCAGUGCCUGAUGCUGUCCCCUGCUCCCCAGAUCAAAACUGA